AUGGAGAUGAAAAGGAAGAAGAUUGAAGAAGAAGAAGAAGAAUAUGAGGAACAACGAAAGAAGGCACUAGACGAAGAGUCUCGGAAACAGCAGGAAAAAGUUGUAGAAAUAGCCAGCAGCCUGGGACUGAAUGUAUCUGUUGGUGCUGCUUAUGAGGUUUCUGUUGGCAAAGCAGGUUCGAGAUCACCUCAUGAGAAAUCACAUAGCAUGGAAGGUGGUAUUAGCACAUAUCUUGGAGCAGCUCCCAUUGUUGAAUGUUUGGAAAAGCACCAACCUAAUGUAGUAAAAACUUCUCGUGUUGCUGAUGCUGCCUUAUUUUUGGCGCCAAUGAUAUAUGAACUGGGUUGGAACUGGGACAAUUUAGAACUUCUAGCACAGGGGUCUCUGGCUGGCCAUCUUCUGGAGUGUGGUUGUCAACUUACUGGGGGAUACUUCAUGCAUCCAGGUGACAAAUAUCGGGACAUGUCUAUGUCUCAGAUCCUUGAUUUGUCACAUCCUUAUGCUGAAAUAAGUUAUGAUGGAAGAGUAUGCGUAGCAAAGGCAGAACAUAGUGGUGGGGUCUUAAAUUUCAAUACUUGUGCUCAACAACUUCUGUACGAAAUUGGGGACCCCAGUAGCUAUGUCACCCCUGAUGUGAUUAUUGGUCUUCAGAAUGUUUCAUUCUCUCCCUUGUCAAGUUGCAAGGUUCUUUGUGUUAGAGCAAAAUCCUCUGCUGGUUUGGUCCCUGAAAAACUCCUGCAAUUGAUUCCAAAGGACUGUGGUUGGAAAGGAUGGGGUGAGAUAUCUUAUGGAGGAUAUGAAUGUGUUAAACGUGCAAAGGCUGCAGAAUUCCUGGUCAGAUCAUGGUUGAAAGAAAUAUUGCCUGGCAUCAACAGUUCUGUAUUUUCUUAUAUAAUUGGCGUCGAUAGUCUAAAAGCAACUAGCAUUGGUGAUGACGCUUCAUCUUCAGCCGCUAGUAUUGAUGUAAGGUUGUGUCAAGUUCUUUUCAGCUUCUGA